AUGGCGUAUAAUCAAGGUCCAGGCGACUAUUAUCCUCAGCAGCAAUAUGUUAGCGUCCCUUACCAGGACCAGAGCCAGUAUCCGGUUCAACAGCAGCCGCCGCAACAAUACCACCAGCAGCAACAGCAAUACCUUCACCAGCGCCAUGCUUCUCAGGGAGGACAAUCGACGUCGUUUGAUUCAAGCUGGCACCAGAGCGUGGAUGGCAUUUCCUAUUCAAUAACCAACCGCGACGCAAACUCGAUCUUAAAUGUCCGAAUUCCACAAGGAGUUGUGAUCAAGUCCAAACCUGGGGCCAUGAUUCAAAUGUCCCCGAGUAUUAAUCUCCAGGGAAAGAUCAAGUUCAGCAUAAGGAAGAUCUUCAACCCUAGCGAGAUGGCAGAAUCAUUGUAUACUGGACCAGGAGAAGUGUCGCUGGCCCCAUCGCUGUUUGGUGACAUCACAGCUAUCCCCAUCAAUGGCGACAAGGGAUGGAAUUUGGGCAAGGAUGCUUUCCUAGCGUCCACUGGUGAAGUCGUCAAAGAAAGCAAGGGUCAAGGGCUUGGAAACGCUCUCUUCAGUGGGGAGGACCUGUUCGUGUGGCGCCUUAGUGGAAGGGGCACGGUCUGGGUGUACUCGUUCGGCGCGAUAGUGACACGAGAUCUCCAAGCGAAUGAACAACACAUCGUCGACAAUGGGCACCUCGUUGCCUGGAGCUGUCAGUACACGAUCGAAGCGGCCGGGAGUUCAAGAAUGUCUGGCAUGAAAACCGGAGAGGGACUCGUCUGCAGGUUCACAGGCCCAGGGAGGAUCUAUAUUCAGACCAGGAAUCAGGACGAAUUCUCAGAAUGGGUGGCCGCACAAGUUCCAAGCAGAUGA